CUUGAUUAAUUAUCAUCACGAGCAAUUAAAAUACUUACCAAUUUAUAAGAUCAACAUAUAUACGUACAAUAAGAUGACAGGCACUGGUUCCCCUUGUGGUGCUUGCAAGUUUUUGAGAAGAAAAUGUAUUAAAGGAUGUGUUUUUGCCCCUUAUUUCUGCUAUGAACACGCUGCUACUCAUUUUUCAGCUAUUCACAAGGUUUUUGGGGCUAGCAAUGUAUCAAAACUUCUUGCUCAUAUACCUGUAAGUGAUCGCGGCGAAGCGGCUGUUACCAUCGCUUAUGAAGCUCAGGCUAGACUUCAAGAUCCAAUUUAUGGAUGUGUUUCACAUAUAUUUGCUCUCCAACAACAGGUUGUCAAUUUACAAGCACAACUUGCUUCUCUCAAGGAACAAGCAGCUCAAAACUUGCAAAAUGGUUCCAAUUAUGCAAACCCUAAUUGUGACCAAUUUCAAGGUCUUCAAAGUUGGCUUUAUCAGUCUGAAAAUCCAAGCAAUAUGCCCCAAUUUGAUCAUUCUAGCUUGACCAGUAACAAUAAUAUUGGAUCAACCCCAUAUCAUGGAAGUGAAAGUUACAACAUGACAUCAAAUACUUACCAUAUGGGGAAUUAUGACAAUACUAAUUUGGUGGUUCCACAGGGAAAUAUGUCAAGUUUUGAAGAGGGUUCUUGCUCAGCAGAUUCUUUUGACAUGCAAACAGAUCAUCAUCACAACAACAGGCAAUGGACAUAUCAAGAUGAUGCGGAUGACCUUCAAUCAGUGGCCUUCAGAUAUCUUCAACAUUCUUGAGUACUAUUCAAUUUAGGGCUUCAAAAAAUCAUAUGGGUGAAGAUUAAUUACUCUCUCAAUUUUGUAUUGCUAAAAGCACCUUUUAUGACGUGA